ACGGGACUGCUUAACGCGUUCCCAAAAGCGCUCGGAGCGAGUGGGGAGCCCUUGUCUGCCCCCGACGCCCGGCGCGCGCCCUCUGCUGGCCAGCGGCUUCUCCACACCCAGGUUUCCCGGCGCCCGCUCGGGAGCCACGCCCAGGUUUCACGUCGCUCCGGAUGGGCUCCGAGACAUGUCCGGGGCCCGCUGGGAAAUGUAGUCAGAAGAGCCCGAGCUAACCAUGCAAAACCGGAGUGCGUCCCACGACGCUGGCCAGCGGGGCGCGCCCAAUGCCGCCAACUCGCUUAUAUUUCGCCGCGGAUGGCCCAAGGCCCUCUGGGAAAUGUAGUCCCUUUUCGACGGACGGCCUGUUUCCCGGCGCGCUCUGCGGCAGCAACAAUAAGGACGUCACCAUCCGCGGCGUACACCUUUACAUGAUGGGAAUUGUAGUCUUUCCACGGCUACCUCCAGCUCCGAUGCGCCGGGCCCCGUCGCCUUCUGGGAACACCUAUCUUUCCCAGAGUCGCGCUCCCCAGUGCCCGUCUAGCCUUGCGUGGCAGGACUUCCGCCCCCACGCUCCGUGACCGGAAACGCAGCGGAAACGCCCGCGCCUCCUGUGGGCGUAAAGACGGCGACGGGAAUAUGCCAUUAGAUUUUCCAGGCUGCUUGACACCGCCACGCUUCUUGCGGACGGUCCUGGGGGAUGCCCUCUGUAUAAUCUUCGCCGGCGACAGUAGCCGGAAGCACAUCAUCAAAUUCCUCAGGGUCACACACUGGAGCUGUCCUUUGGGGGCUGGAGCGAGAACGUGAUUCCUGCAGUCCACCUUACGCUCGGUAACGGGACCGCACUGACCCUUGGCCUCGCCUGGCGGAAGUUGCCGUCCUUCCGUCGGUACUGCCCACCGCUUUGGCCCCCGUUGCCUUUCGGGAAAUGUAGUCUUUCCUCCGCUCCGCGCCGAUACGGGGAUCGUCUGGCGGGCGAUGGCUCUCAGGACUCCAUUUCCCGGCGUGCCGGCGCACAGUCCGCCCGCUCCCCGGUCGCAGAGGCCAUUUUGUUCCGCCCAGAGGCCGCUGAGAUGGCGGCGGGGGAGAAGGUGAAGGUUGUCUCCGGCGACCGGCGGCCCGGCUAGACCCGGCGGCGUGGCGUGCAGCAUGGACCUGCACACAGCCGUGUACAAUGCGGCGCACGACGGCAAGCUGCAGCUGUUGCAGAAGCUGCUGUCCGGCCGCGGGCGGGAGGAGCUGGACGAGCUGCUGGGCGAGGUGGCCGGCGGCGGCACGCCGCUGCUGAUAGCUGCGCGCCGCGGGCACCUGGACGUGGUGGAGUUCCUGGUGGACCACUGCGGCGCCAGCGUGGAGGCGGGCGGCUCGGUGCACUUCGAUGGCGAGACCAUCGAGGGCGCGCCGCCGCUCUGGGCCGCGUCGGCAGCCGGCCACCUGCCCGUGGUGCGCAGCCUGCUGCGCCGGGGCGCCUCGGUCAACCGCACCACACGCACCAACUCCACGCCGCUGCGCGCCGCCUGCUUCGACGGCCACCUGGAUGUGGUGCGCUACCUGGUGGGCGAGCACAAGGCCGACCUGGAGGUGGCCAACCGCCACGGCCACACGUGCCUCAUGAUCUCGUGCUACAAGGGCCACCGGGAGAUCGCGCGCUACCUGCUGGAGCGUGGGGCGCAGGUGAACCGGCGCAGCGCCAAGGGCAACACGGCGCUGCACGACUGUGCCGAGUCCGGCAGCCUGGAAAUCCUGCAGCUGCUGCUGGGCUGUCACGCGCGCAUGGAGCGCGACGGCUAUGGUAUGACCCCGCUGCUGGCCGCCAGCGUCACCGGGCACACCAACAUUGUGGAGUACCUCAUCCAGGAGCAGCCUGGCCACGGGCAGCUCCCAGGGCCGGAGCUGUCCGGGGAAGGCGCUCCUCAGGGGUCACCAAGUGCCUGUUCCACCCCGGAGGAAGCAGAACCGUGUGAGAGUUGUUGUCCCACGAGCCGGGAGGCGGCUGUGGAGGCUUUGGAGCUGCUGGGAGCCACUUACGUGGAUAAGAAGAGGGAUCUGCUUGGAGCCCUGAAGCACUGGAGAAGGGCGAUGGAACUCCGCCACCAGGGUGGGGACUACCUCCCCAAGCCCCAGCCCCAACAGCUGGUUCUGGCUUACGACUAUUCCCGGGAGGUGACCACGCCCCAAGAGCUGGAGGCCCUCAUCACAGAUCCUGACGAGAUGCGGAUGCAGGCCCUGCUGAUACGGGAGAGGAUCCUGGGCCCCUCGCACCCCGACACUUCCUACUAUAUAAGGUACCGGGGUGCUGUGUAUGCGGACUCUGGAAAUUUCGAGCGCUGUAUCCGUCUGUGGAAGUAUGCCUUGGACAUGCAGCAGAGCAACCUGGAGCCCCUGAGCCCCAUGACUGCCAGCAGCUUCCUGUCGUUUGCAGAGCUCUUCUCCUACGUGCUGCAGGACUGCUCAGCCAAGGGCAACCUGGGCAUGCAGCUCGGCUUCCCUGACCUCAUGGGUGUGCUCAGCAAAGGGGUAAGGGAAGUGGAGCGGGCUCUGCAGCUGCCCAAGGAGCCGGGCGACUCUGCGCAGUUCACCAAAGCCAUCGCCAUCAUCCUCCACCUGCUGUAUCUGCUGGAGAAGGUGGAGUGUACCCCCAGCCAGGAGCACCUCAAGCACCAGACAGUCUACCGCCUGCUCAAGUGCGCCCCACGCGGCAAGAACGGCUUCACCCCAUUGCACAUGGCCGUGGACAAGGAGACCACCAAUGUGGGCCGCUACCGCGUGGGCGCCUUCCCCUCGCUGCACGUGGUCAAGGUGCUGCUGGACUGCGGGGCCGACCCCGACAGCCGGGACUUCGACAACAACACCCCACUGCACAUCGCUGCCCAAAACAACUGCCCGGCCAUCAUGGAUGCGCUCAUCGAAGCUGGGGCCCACAUGGAUGCCACCAAUGCCUUCAAGAAGACAGCCUAUGAGCUGCUGGACACGAAGCUGCUGGCCAAGAGCACCGUGCAGCCCUUCAACUAUGUGACUCUGCAGUGUCUGGCCGCCCGCGCCCUGGACAGGAACAAGGUCCCUUAUAAGGGCUUCAUCCCAGAGGAGCUGGAGGCCUUCAUCCAGCUGCACUGAGCCCGACGGCCACCGGUGUGCACUUAGUCUUCUCCAAGCCUGUCCUCUUGGCCUGUGGGCAAUGAGGGUCAGCGGAGUGGGCCCCGCUGUUGGUUCUAGAAACCUUCAGAGUCACACAGUAGGAAGAUGGUCUCUCUCCAUGACAAUGCAAAAGGGUACCGGGACCUCCCCAGUGGCAUCUGUCUGGGUCUGGAGGGCUCUGCCCUGCCACCCAGCCCAGAACUAGCUUGCCCUGGAGUCCUGUCACCCGCCACUGUCAAGAUGGAGUCGAAGUCUUUGGUCCCUUCCUGCGGUGGGACACCCGCCCUAGCACUUGCCACCUAGAUGUUUGCAGUUGGUUUGUUGUUUACUAAGUAAGUGGGCAACAGCUUGGAGCCCACGUUCUGAUGUUUUUGCUGUCUUUUCACCUUGGUCCUGUUUUUUGGACUCACUAAUGACUUAGUUUGAAGUUGCCAGUACUCUGUGGUGGCCACAGCCGAGAGCAGCAUGAGCUGUGUGUGAAUGCAGAUCUGUGACCGACGCUCUGGAAGCCUCCUCACUCCUGUGCUGGUUAGAGAAAGAACUGUCCCCAGGGAUCAGAGCAAGUGACAGCAGCAGCCCGGCACACAUCGCCUCCAGCCACACCCUGCUUGGAUUGACAGGUUCCCAACUUCAGGCUGCAGCUGUGAGGACUGGCAGGCAGGUGGUCCAGCCACUAGGUUCAUCCCUGUCUCUCCUUCCCCGAGGACCUGACCCCAGGUCGUCAUGAGGAGUCCAUAGUAUCCCCAGUAACUGCCCAGAGUGGGCUUCUGACUAAGAUAGGUAAGGUAAGGGGACUGCAGCCCCAGCACAAAAAACUACCUGAGCAGCACCAACCUGUGACCCCACCAGCUCUUGUCCCUGUCACUUAUGGUAAGUGGGAUUAAACCUGGGUCACACCAAGGCAGGGGGUGCGUAUCCCCAGCCUGUGGGAAGCAGCUGCAAAAGGAGAAAGUCUAGUCUAGAGAUGCCAGUCCCUCACUUGGCCAUUGAAGCCACAUAGCAGUCCCGUGAGGACAUCGGUGUGUGAUUGCAGUGGUAGCUUGUUUCUGUACAAAACAAGUCUUAGGCCUUACUGGGCAGAGCCUCACUGCCCCACCCUGCUGACGAGGCUCAGGGCACACGACCCCUUCGAGUCUUGGCACUGGUAUUUAUGGAUUAAAUGAGGUAUGUGAAGAAA